UUGACAUUUUAAAGUGAUAAGUACAAAUAUAUGUAACUCUCAAAGUUAGAAUUGAAGCUCAAACAAGAGAUGACACUAUUAGUGACAAACGCCCCCGAGGUUUGUCCAAGAAUGCUACAGUUCGAUGCGCAAAAUAUGCCAGAAUAGUUAAGUUAUGACUAAUUUUUCGACAAGAGAAAAAAUUUCUCCGAAGGUAACCUUGACGUUAGAGCUAGGGUCUGGGUCUUGAACAUGACACACUAACUCAUCAUAGGGAAAAUUGUGACAAGUAAUGUUUGAUGAUGGCAGAGUUAUUGACUGGACAAGAAACAUAAAUGUUAGCUUUUUAAUCUAAGUUUGACUGACUUUGAAACUAGAGAUUUUGGACUUGCGUCUGACACCUUAUUUUAAUAUAGGGAACGUUUAUGCCAUGUAAUUUUAAAAUGUCUUCACCGACGGAAUAGGUAUGGAACUGACAAGAAACUGACAAGAAACACACCAUGUAAACCGUUAACCUCUAAAUGUGACAGCGAUCGUGGAGCUAGCGGUCUGGUUGUUAUGCACGACACGUUUUCUCGUUAUUGGGGAAUAUUUUUAAUGUUUUCAUUUUCAUUUCCCAUAUUUUUGUUUUUUUCUUUGAUGGUUUGUAUUUGUAUGUAUGCCUUUAUAUAAAACAACAGUAUGUUUAUUAUUUGCAUGGCUUAAAUGCAUGUAUUUAGUCAAUAUCAUCUUUGAUAUAAUGGUAAACUUUUCUGAUCUGCCAUAUCGGCUUAUGAUACUUCUCUGUUGUGUUGUCACAUAGUUCAUGAAGGAAUCUAAAUGUUUACGAGAAAAAAAAUAAUGUCAAUGGUGAGAUUCGAACCCACACGGUAAAAGAUCUGUUUAACAUGGACUGUAUGCUUUACCAUUGAGCUAAUUUGCAAUUGGUACAAAAUCUUAAAAUAUUUAGAUUGUAACAUGAUUAAUGACAGAGUUACGAAUCGGAUAUGAAACAGACCCUCUUAACCUUUCACUUGACUUCUAAGUGUAAACUUGAUCUUGGAGCUAGGGGUCUGGGUCUUGCGCGUAACACAUUGCCUCCUUAUGGUAAACAUUUAUGCCAAGUUGUUUCAAAACCCCCUCAUGGAUAACAGAGUUAUAUAUCGGACACGUAAAGAUCUAUUAUGAUAUGACUUCUAAAUAUGACACUGACCUCUGAGCAAGGGAUCUGGGUCUUGAGCGUGACACAUUGUCUGAUUAUAGUUACCAUUUAUGCAAAGAUAUUUCAAAAUCUCUCCAUGGAUAGCAGAAAUAUGGAUCGGACACAAAAAUAACCCUGUUAACACCUUGACCUUGGAGCUAGGGUUCUCAUUUUUAUAAACAUUUAUGCUAAGUACUUUUAAAACCUCUUGAUGAAUGGCAAAGUUACGAUCCGGACACAAAACAGACUGUUUGACUUCUAAGUGUGACCUUGACAUUGUAGAAAGGGGUCUGAGUGUUACACAUGAAACGUCGUCUCAUAAAGGUUAAUAUAUUUAUGCCAAACUAUUUCAAAAUUCCUUCAUGGAUGACAGAAUUACAGCCCGGACAAGAAUUUAUAAAGUUACGGUCGGCAUUAAAAUCAAAGAACAUACUGUAGUGUAAAUAAAAAGGUUAUUUGCUGAAACAUCUUUAAAUGAUGUAAGGAUGUUAUCAUUAAAUAAAAUCCUAAAAUUAUCUAAUGUUUUUGUUUUUAUUUAUUUUUUUUCUUGAAAUAGAUAUCAUGUGAUAUAUACUUAAUCACUUAAUAACAACAUAAUAUAUUAGGCCCUAACAAAAUCUGAAAAAUAGAUCCCUCAGAAGCAAUGAGGACAAAACAAAUAGUAAAUAUUGCAGACUCGAUUUGUCUGAUAGUUGGUUUAAUUUGUACGCAAGUGAGCAGUGUACAUGUAUUUAGAUAAUUUACAAUUAUGCUUUGCACGGAAUGAAUUUGCAACCAUGCUUUGCACGGAAUGUCAUGGAUCAGAGGGAUAGACUGGCUAUAUUCAUCACUAAAACCCAGCAAACUGUAUGAAAUCUAAAGUGGUAGGAUAUUCAUGGCAUGCUCAGAAAUAAGCGCCAAUGACUUCAAGGAUUUUUGUUUCGUCUUUCACCACACCACAGACAAUCACGGAGAUAAAUGUCGAUACUGACCUUAAAAGUCACGUGGAUUUUGUACCUUCAGAACAUAUCCGGUCAAACUUGGUAGUCAAAACGUGCCCAGAUAGGCCAAGAUUGUCCAAAACGAAUAAUUAUAUAACGGUAGUUAUCUCUACUAUAAAAGAGGGGUGGCCUGGAUUUUCCUGUCAAAGCCUUUAGUCUAUACUGUACCUGAAACAUGCUGGCGAUUUUGUUUGUGUGUGCCUUCACGGCAGUUAACGCAAUAAAUACAAAUGAAGCGAGACACUACCUGGAUAUGAGUUUUGCCCGGUAUGACCACUCACCUAAAGAUGGCAGGGUGAUGGAAGUCGAGUGGGAUGCUUCAAUUUACAGAGAGGAUCUGAAUAACGACACGUGUGUUACAAAAGCUGAAUAUCUUCAAGUGCACACUUGUCCAGUAGCUGACCAGUUAUUUGCACAUUACGACCACAACAGUGACGGCUGCCUGAAAACCGCCGACAUGUCUCAGGAAUUCCAUCUUAUCGACCAUAACAAUGACAACGUUGUGAGCCUUCACGAAUGGGAACAGUACUUCCUUCAUCUGACACAUAAACUGUUCCCCCACUAUGGGCACCAGGGACGUUAACGUCGCUUUACAGUUAACUGAUAUUUGUUUUAAUUUGAAUAAACUACAUGUAUUUCUUAUGUUUCUCUAAAAUUGUCAAUUAAAUGUAGCAUCGCUAG